AUGUCUAAUAAAUAUUCUCGACUUGUCGAUGAAGAAAAUUUUGAAUUACCAGAGAUAAGAAAUAAAACUGAGGAUGAAAACGGGUCAGCUUAUGGUUUAAGGAAUCGAUCAAGCAUAGGCGAUAGAGAAAUUAGUGACGAGGAAUUUCUCUUGGCCGGACGUAAACUUUCAGAGGAUGAAGAUUCCCCAAUACCCAUGGUCUCCGCGGCAGUCAGCGUUAAAGACGAUCCAUCUCUACCUUGUAUCACAUUUCGAUUUUGGGUUCUAAGUACAGUAAGCAAAGAGUCGUCGCAAAACAUAUUUACGUCUCUCGGAGCUGCGGUAUCGGAAUUUUACUACUUUCGAUCUAACGGCGGUGGCUAUUCUAUAUUCUUUGUAUUAUUGGUUUCUUACGUUCUCGGAAUAUGGAUGGCUCAACUACUUCCCAAGCAUGAAAUAAGGUUUUACAAGUGGAGGUUUACUUUGAAUCCGGGACCAUUCAAUAUUAAGGAACACGUGCUUAUUGCCGUAGCGGCAGGUGCGGGCGGUGGUUCAGCGUACGGCACGGAUAUUAUCGCCAUACAGGAACUGUUUUACAAUCAGCAUGCGGGUUUCUUUAUUGGCAUGAUGCUUCUUAUGAGUACCCAGAUGAUAGGCUAUGGAUUAGCUGGAUUUUUGAGAAAAUAUCUUGUUCGUCCGGCCAACAUGUUGGUACGAAAAUAUGAUUUAUCUUAG